CUCUCUCUCUCUCUCUCUCGUUCUCUGUGCCUUGUUUUGGUUUUGCGAUUGGGGUUCGUUAACGAAUCAACAUCGAAGAAGUUUUGUUAAAAAUGGGUGUUGGAAUUACAGAGUUUUUAUGGACGAAUGAGCUAGCAGCUGAACAUCCUCAGGUGAUACCAAUCUCAGUGUUCAUAGCUAUUCUCUGUCUCUGUUUAGUUAUCGGCCACUUGCUUGAAGAAAAUCGAUGGGUCAAUGAAUCCAUUACCGCCAUUUUAGUCGGAGCAGUAUCAGGAACAGUGAUUUUGCUUAUUAGUAAAGGAAAAAGUUCUCACAUUUUAGUGUUUGAUGAAGAACUCUUCUUCAUUUACCUUCUUCCUCCUAUUAUUUUUAAUGCUGGAUUCCAAGUCAAGAAAAAGAAGUUUUUUCACAACUUUUUAACCAUCAUGUCCUUUGGGGUGAUUGGUGUUUUCAUCUCUACUGUCAUUAUUUCGUUUGGGACUUGGUGGCUGUUCCCCAAGUUGGGAUUUAAGGGAUUGAGUGCUAGAGACUAUCUUGCCAUCGGAACGAUCUUCUCGUCCACUGAUACUGUUUGCACUCUACAGAUUCUUCAUCAAGAUGAAACACCAUUGCUAUACAGCUUAGUGUUUGGAGAAGGAGUGGUGAAUGAUGCAACUUCGGUUGUACUGUUCAAUGCCGUGCAAAAGAUUCACUUUGAAAGCCUCAACGGUUGGACUGCUCUGCAAGUGUUUGGAAACUUUUUGUACCUCUUCUCCACUAGCACAAUUCUCGGAAUUGCUGUGGGACUAGUAACAGCUUUUGUCCUUAAAACCUUGUAUUUUGGAAGACAUUCAACAACACGCGAACUGGCGAUCAUGGUUCUUAUGGCUUACCUUUCAUAUAUGUUGGCUGAGCUCUUCUCAUUAAGCGGGAUUCUCACUGUUUUCUUCUGUGGUGUUUUAAUGUCCCAUUAUGCAUCAUAUAACGUGACAGAGAGUUCAAGAAUCACUUCCAGGCAUGUUUUUGCGAUGAUGUCCUUUAUUGCGGAGACAUUCAUAUUUUUGUAUGUUGGAACAGAUGCUCUUGAUGUUACAAAGUGGAAGACAAGCAGCUUAAGUGUUGGAGGUACUCUGGGUGUCUCUAGUGUCAUAACCGCAUUCGUAUUGCUUGGACGAGCAGCAUUUGUGUUUCCGCUCUCAGUCUUAACAAAUUUCAUGAAUAGACACACUGAAAGAAACGAGUCUAUCACAUUUAAGCACCAGGUGAUCAUUUGGUGGGCGGGGCUUAUGCGGGGUGCUGUCUCAAUUGCUCUGGCUUUCAAGCAGUUCACAUACUCCGGAGUUACGUUGGAUCCUGUGAAUGCUGCCAUGGUCACCAACACCACUAUUGUUGUCCUCUUUACUACACUGGUCUUUGGUUUCCUCACAAAGCCACUUGUGAACUAUCUGCUUCCUCAUGAUGCAAGUCACAACAACACGGGAAAUAGUGGUAAACGCACUGAGCCAGGUUCCCCGAAGGAAGAUGCGACGCUUCCUCUUCUUUCCUUUGACGAGUCUGCUUCAACAAACUUCAAUAGAGCUAAAGAUAGUAUCUCCCUUUUGAUGGAACAACCUGUCUACACCAUCCACCGCUACUGGAGAAAGUUUGAUGACAAAUACAUGAGGCCUAUCUUCGGUGGACCUCGUCGAGAAAACCAACCAGAAUGCUAGAAUAGUUUUGAGAUCUCCGCGGGAAGGACAUGAUGAGUUUAGUUUUUUUGGAUAAUCAAGAAAGUAGGAUAGUUGAUGUAGCUAUAAAACAACAGUUUAACGUUUUCGUUAAUGUAUAUGGUUCUUUUAUAUACAUAAAAUCAUUGCAAGUUUGUGAUUUAUUUGGAUCAGAACUCUAAAAGAUAUAUUGUAAAUAAGAGACUUCAGAUCAGUUGCAGGAAAAGAUCAAGCAAAGUCAGUCGGUCUAUCUCCAACUCAAUUCUUUGAAGCUGCGUUUACAGAAAGAAGAGCAAAAUAAACCAGGGAUUGUUGUAACGCCACAUUUGCUCAGAAGAGCCUGUACUUUAGAUGGGUAUACCCCUAAAACGGGGAGGUAAGACUUGGAUCUGCAGAUGCAUUCCAGAUUGGCUGCUUGGAGUACUAGACAGCAUUCUUUGCUUGGAGACGGCGGGUUGUCUCCAGUGACGGCUGGACGGCACUUCUCCAAAUAAUUUGCGUUGAUGAUACAUGCUGGAAUGCUCGUAGGCUUUUCCAUCAAUACCAAGGCAGCCAAAACUAUUGCAACAGCUGCAAAUUUUAGAAAGGAUCUGGGAAUAGGCAUAAGGAGCCAAGUUUCUAGAUAAUCAAGAAAGUAGAAAGUACUUUAUUCUUUUCAUAAUACGGUAUGUAGUAAUAUAGAACAUGGUUUAUCUAUGUAAUAGAGAAGGUGAUUUGAGAACUAAUUCGAAUCAGAACAGCACGUGACAUAUUGUAGCUUAGAGACUUCAGGGUAAGACAUAGUCGCUUAGAGACUUCAGGGCAAGAGAGAGUCUGAGCUCAGUUCCUCAAGCUG